CCUCUUGUCUUUUUCUCUUGCUGUUUUUAGAACUCGCAAUUUGACGAAAUGGCAAAGUCAAAGAAUCACACAAAUCACAACCAAAACCGCAAAGCCCACAGGAAUGGCAUCAAAAAGCCUACAAAUCAGAGGCACGAAUCCACCCUUGGCAUGGACCCUAAGUUCUUAAGGAACCAAAGGUUCUGCAAAAAAGGCAACCUGAAACCAGCAAAGCAGCUUGCCCGUGCCGCAGAGAGGAAAGCCACACGAGAAGCCAAGGCUAAGAAAUGAACAUCUAGGUGUAAGGAAAUAAAAAC